AUGUUGAAGACUUGCCAGAGUAUCCGACUACGAGCGAGACCGGAAGAAGCGGGGUAUCUGGCAGAUACUGGCCGAAUAACUUAUAAUCCGGGGAUCCUCCGCUCUGGCAAACGCGAAGACAAAGAAAUAGUCCCAGAUAACUGGCAGAUACCGGCCGAAUGA